AUGCAUUUCUUCUUGACUAGUGGUCUUCGCUCAUCAUCACCUGUUGGCCGGGUUCUUUUAUUAAAACGGUUUCAAUCUACAAAAGCUGUUGCACAAAAUGCGAAAACUCUUUUUACUUAUGGAAAAGACGGACAUUAUUUUCUCGAUCACAUUGAUCCAGAUGAACCGAAAUAUUCAAAAAUCUUGAUCGCUAAUCGAGGCGAAAUUGCAUGUCGUGUCAUUCGAACAUGCAAUGCUAUGGGUAUUAAAACAGUAGCCGUACAUAGUGAUGUCGAUUCAACUUCAUUAUUCGUCAAAAUGGCCGAUGAAGCCGUUUGUAUUGGACCUGCACCAACUAGAUUAAGUUAUUUAAAUGAAGAUAUUAUAUUAGAAACCGUUAAAAAAACCGGCGCUGAAGCCGUUCAUCCCGGCUAUGGUUUUCUUUCAGAAAAUACAAAAUUUGCCAAGAAACUUGCUGAUCAUAAUGUUGAAUUUAUCGGUCCGUCAAGUCACUCCAUUCAAGCUAUGGGUGAUAAAAUUCACAGUAAAGUAAUUGCUCGAAAGGCUAAAAUCUCAAUGAUACCUGGCUAUGAUGGCGAAGUAAAAGAUGCAGAAGAAUGUGUUCGUGUCAGCAACGAUAUUGGUUAUCCUGUCAUGAUUAAAGCAUCAGCUGGAGGUGGUGGUAAAGGAAUGCGUGUUGCUUGGAAUGAUAAAGAAGCACGAGAAAACUUUCGAUUAUCUAAAAGUGAAGCAGCAUCAAGUUUCGGUGAUGAUCGUAUGUUAGUAGAAAAAUUUAUUGAUAAUCCGCGCCAUAUUGAAUUUCAAGUUCUUGGGGACAAACAUGGUAAUAUUGUCUAUUUAAAUGAACGUGAAUGCUCAAUUCAAAGACGAAAUCAAAAAGUAAUUGAAGAAGCACCCAGUGUUUUUCUUGAUCCCGCAACACGAAAGAAGAUGGGCGAAGAAGCUGUACAAUUAGCUCAUGCUGUUGGAUAUUAUUCAGCAGGAACUGUCGAGUUUAUGGUUGAUUCAAAGCGUAAUUUUUAUUUUCUUGAAAUGAACACUCGACUUCAAGUUGAACAUCCAAUUACAGAAGCUACUACCGGUAUCGAUAUUGUUCAUCAGAUGAUACGAGUUGCUAAAGGUCAUACGUUACGAUUCAAACAACCAGAUAUUGGCAUACGGGGUUGGGCUAUUGAAAGUCGUGUUUAUGCAGAAGAUCCAUACAAAGCUUUUGGUCUCCCAUCCAUUGGUCGUCUUACCUCAUAUAAAGAUCCUAGUCAUAUUCCAAAUGUUCGCUGCGAUAGUGGUAUAACUGAAGGUAGUGAAAUUAGCUUAUACUAUGAUCCAUUGAUUUGUAAAUUAACCACCUUCGGAAAAGAUCGAAAUGCAGCAUUAGCAACAAUGGCUCAAGCAUUAGAUUCCUAUGUUAUUCGAGGUGUCACAAAUAACAUUCCAUUGUUACGAGAUAUUAUAACUGAAGAACGUUUUGUUGCUGGAAAUAUUACAACAAAAUAUUUACCACAAGUUUAUCCAGAUGGAUUCAAAGGCAAACAAUUAGUAGAUUCAGAACGUGAACAGCUACUUGCAUUGGCAGCAUGUGUUGGUGUUAAAAGAACUAUUCGUGCUCGAUCAUUCAAGAAAACGGGUCAAGUUACAACACCAAAUGAAUAUGUAUUUGAAGUUAAAAUUGAUGACUUUAAACGUCACAUACGUGUAACACCCACCGAAAAAGAUGGAGUCAAGCAAUUCGAAAUCGAAAUGGAUGGUGUAAAAAAAUUAGCUAUCAAGGAUAAUUUUAAAUUAGGCGAUCAAGUCAUGAAUGUCAACUUUAGUGGCGAACCACGUAUUAUGCAAUUAUUCAAAACAGAUGCAUUAGGACAUGUCACAUUGAUCUAUCUUGGAACCAAAUAUGCACUUCGUGUAUUACCUGAACGUGCUGCAAAAUAUGUACCACUCAUGCCUGAAAAGAAACAAAUUGAUUUCGCAUCAGUUCUUAUUUCACCUAUGCCUGGUAUUGUUAAAUCUGUUAGCGUUACAGUUGGACAAAGUGUCGCUGAAGGACAAGAAGUUUGCGUUGUUGAAGCCAUGAAGAUGCAAAAUAAACUGACUGCUGGACGAGUUGGAGUGGUUAAAUUUGUUGGCAUCAAAGAAGGUGAAACAGUUGAAGAUGGAAAAGUAUUAAUCGAACUCGCAUAG